CGACCCUGACAACGAGCAGGGCAGCAGCAGCAACAACAGCUUUCAAAUCGGCUUGGACCCUUUCAGCCAGCAGCUCAUCAUCUCAGCGCUCACAGCUGGAGCGGCAUACGCCAUUGCAACAUUCGCACACCUGGACCUCUUACACGCGCUCCGCCUAGAGGAGGAUGCGGUAGCCCUAGCCCUCCAACUAUCAGCUCCGGUGCUGCUGCUGCUGCUGGCGGUAGUUGCCCCGAGAUGGGCGCCGCCCUUCAAGGGUUCGGAAUUGGAGCGGUUGCGUCACAACUACUACAUGACUGCACAGCUGUAUUUGAAUUUCGAUGACGAAGAUGACGACACCAGCAGUGGCAGUAGCGGCAGCAGCAGUAGCGGGACGGAUAGCGGCAGUAGCGAUGAACGGGCGCGCGUACGGCGGCGGUUACGGUUGGAGCAGACGGUUGGGUGGGGCACCAUCAGCAGCGGCCUGGCGCUGAUGCAGGCCUUCACGGUGCAGCCAUGGAACCCCCCCACCGCUAAUUCAGUGUUCGGACUCGCACUGGCCGGUAGAUCAGCACAACAACUGGCUAACGAAUUUCUGGUUCGCGGUGCCGGCUGGGGCCUCCUAAGCGGCUGGGUGGCGGGGGAGCUGCAGGCAGCGGACGCCUCGGACGGGAUCCUGUUCUUCGGGAAGGUGUUUGGCGGCCCGGACGCGGUCAAGUAUGCGGCGGGUUUAGCUCUGGUAGCGCUCGCGCUUCCGGGGGCCUUAUGGGAGGCGAGGGCUGCCAGGAAUUUCGUUCGCGCGUCUGUGGUCGGCCCCGUGAGGGACGCCGCCAUCUUCUGCACUGGCAACGGUGUGGACGAGCCGGCGUACUGCGACCCAACGGGAUUUGCGAUGAUGGCGGCCCGGCGGCCCGCCAAUGCCGCACCGGUUGCUGACGUGGUGACGAGGACUCGCGGCUGGCGGUCUGGCCCGGAGGCAUCGUACAGCAGUGUGAGCUCUCUGGGUUCUCUGGACGUGGCGGAGUUGGACGAGCUGUCCGAGGACCAGCGAGGGGAGGCGGAGAAGAAGGGCCAGCCGCUGGGGAGAAUGGGACCCACCCUAUCCACCAGCAGUACGGCAUUCGAGUGGGACUCGGAGGAUAUGGGUGUACUGCUUAAGGUGGAGACAUUGCAGGACAAGAUUGCUUUUUCGUCGUCCAUGUACUACCAGCUCCUGGCCGCCUUCGCUAUCAACGGGGCCUUUUUGGCCUCAGACUGCAACUUGCUGGCGUCGUUUCUGGCGGCUUGGCUGCUGCGAACUGGACCGCUGCUGCUCAGUGAACUGCGUGCUCGUGCAGCAGCAGAUGCAGCGAUGAGGACGAUGUGA